CCAAAACACGCCACGUGUACGGGUACUCUUCUUCCUUGAGCGCGGACGUCAAAACUAACUAUCAACUAAAACUUUGAAACUACCUAUUGGGGUCCGCUCUCUCUCUGCCAUCAGAAGAAAAACCAAACACAGCACCAACUCGAAGAGGGAGAGAUUUGCCAUUUUCGGCAAGGAAGAGUCUUUUAUUCUAGGGCUUCUCUAGUUGCUGCUGCGUAAACAAGAUGGUGAACUGAAAUUGCGGCGGAGACUUUUCAGAUUGACGAAUUGAAUCAAAGUACUUGAAUAUGGCUUCUGUGGGAACAUUACCGGCUUCUUCUGUGGCUACAAAACAAAGCAAUGCUUCCAUAUGCGCUGAAAAACUACCUGAAGGGAUUAAUGAGAUGAAGAUAAAAGAUGAUAAGGAAAUGGAAGCAGCUGUGGUUGAUGGGAAUGGAACUGAAACAGGUCACAUUAUUGUUACAACUAUUGGUGGUAAAAAUGGUCAGCCGAAACAGACCAUAAGUUAUAUGGCAGAGCGCAUCGUUGGACAAGGUUCUUUUGGAAUUGUUUUUCAGGCCAAGUGUUUAGAAACGGGGGAAACUGUUGCAAUCAAGAAAGUUUUGCAAGACAAGAGAUACAAGAACCGUGAGCUGCAGACGAUGAGGCUUCUUGAUCACCCUAAUGUUGUAUCCCUCAAGCAUUGUUUUUUCUCAACGACAGAAAAAGAUGAGCUGUAUCUCAAUUUGGUCCUUGAAUACGUUCCUGAGACUGUCUAUCGCGUCUCAAAGCACUAUAGUCGGGCUAACCAGAGGAUGCCCAUGAUAUAUGUUAAACUCUAUACUUAUCAGAUUUGCAGAGCUUUGGCGUAUAUUCAUGGAGGAGUAGGAGUCUGCCACAGAGACAUAAAACCACAGAAUCUUUUGGUUAAUCCUCAUACACAUCAGGUCAAGCUCUGCGAUUUUGGUAGCGCAAAAGUUCUGGUCAAAGGGGAACCAAACAUCUCUUACAUCUGCUCCCGUUACUACCGAGCACCUGAACUUAUAUUUGGAGCCACGGAAUAUACAACAGCCAUUGACAUAUGGUCUGCAGGCUGUGUUCUUGCUGAAUUGCUCCUUGGUCAGCCUUUAUUUCCAGGUGAGAGUGGAGUCGACCAGCUAGUCGAGAUAAUAAAGGUUCUUGGAACACCAACUCGGGAGGAAAUCAAAUGCAUGAAUCCAAACUACACUGAAUUCAAAUUCCCUCAAAUAAAGGCUCAUCCGUGGCACAAAAUAUUCCAUAAGCGUACACCUCCAGAAGCUGUAGACCUCGUCUCAAGACUUCUCCAGUAUUCUCCAAGCCUCAGAUCAACCGCUAUGGAGGCAAUAGUUCACCCGUUCUUCGAUGAGUUACGUGAUCCCAAUACACGUCUUCCUAAUGGUCGCCCAUUGCCUCCUCUCUUCAACUUUAAACCUCAAGAGCUAAACGGAGCAAGUUCAGAGUUGUUGUCCAAGCUUAUACCUGACCACGCCAGAAAACAAUGUUCCUUCCUCGCUCUCUAAAUCUCUCUCUCUCUCUCUCUCUCUCUAUAUAUAUAUAUAUAUGUGUGUAUGUACACAUGCAUAUAUAAUAUGCUGAUCGCUUUAAGUAAUGGAGAUAGCUUCUCAGGAUUUCCUUAUUAUUAUCUGUCAUCUUUUAUGUAUCUUCUUUGUUGUUUAUUGUGUACUGUUAUCAGAAGAAGCACUUUAUUUCAUUCGAUGAUUAGUGUAAUGUAUGUAACGGUCUUUGACUGGGCUGGUCGCUGCAGUUAUGUUGGAUACUUCUAAAUUAUGAAAUAACCUUCUCGCUC